AUGGCCGUACUAAGUGUAACAAACGAAUCGGGCAGUCAGCAGUGCAAUAGUUCCAGUCGUCCAAGGCAGCAACGCAGCGUUGAACAUCGUCAUACUAGCGAGAACGAAGGCAGGCUUCUCGAUCCCGACGUCAGCAGCACUGCCAAGCAUCGCUCCAACAGAGGCCCUAGUGUCAGAGCAAGGUCCUGCAAGGCGUCGUCUACCGGCACGAUGCAGGAUGGCGAAGAGAACCUGCUGUACCAAAAAAUCCAGAGAAGUCUACCCACCGAAUCGGAACUACUUUUGCUUUGCCUGGAUCAUUUGCGAGAUCUCAGACGGACGUAUCCUCCACACUUGUUGUCUCGCCAAGAAAACAUUCAGGCCGACUAUGUAACCAUGGCUUGUUGGGCAUUGAAUCGCGCUUUUACGGCAGAUAGAUUGACGCAUUAUGGUAAUGACUGUUUCCGAGAUAAUAACAUUGUUGCAGACGCGAUGAAUUCAGAGCCUCGGGAAGCCGGAUCCUUCCCCUCAGUCCAAGACAUGGAAGAAGAAAUCCUCGUCGCAGAAGAUCGACACAACGCGACACCGGCAGGGACCUUUGCCAACCCUGAGGAUGUAUCGCUCCGCUAUGAAUACGACGACAAUCACGUUAGCAAUGCUCUGCGCUUUUAUCCAGUUGCUGGCUUGGCAAACGGUAUGGAGUGCGAUGGGCCCUAUUCACUGGGAGAACUCGUAGCGGCCGGAAGUGUUGGUCUUGGCGCCCGGACUCGACAAACCGCCGAACGAGGGAUGAUCCAAUCGCCUCUUUUUGAACAGUUUGCUGACGCCGUCCAGCAAAAAGGCUUUUUCGAUGAUCCCGAUAACGACACGCCGUCUCAUAAUGAAAGCUCUGCCGAGCACGCAGCUCGUAUAGCUCGAAAGCAAGCCGUCUACGGGGAGCGACAUCGCAAGGUAGUGACCAAAUUUCGUAAUAAACUUGCCCACACGUCCGACGACAAGACAACAUCUGGAGAUUUCCUCGCCAUUGCAGCCGCGGAGCAAUGGCGCCAGAGUCGAAUAGUUUCUAUUCAAGAAGCCAUCAUGAACGCAGAUGAAGAGGAACCAACAGAACUGACAUCGGUUGUGGUUAGCACGGAUGAGUCGGCUUCAGCUUUUUUGAAACAGUCGCAAACACCAGAGGGUGUCACUCGACAAAUGAUGCAACAAGAUCCGAUCCUCGCCGACAAAGUCCGCCGAGCGAGCCAGGAUCCCCGGGAACUCUAUAAUGACCCAGAACUUCGACAGUUGGCCAAUGAAGCCUUGGCGGACCCUGCCUAUGCGGCUGCGUUGGGACGCAAAUGA